AUGGAGGGUUUAUGCAUUGAAAACACUAUCCCAGAACAUAUCGAACCAGCUGUGGAUGUGGAUGUUGCCGUCGUUGCUCCGCCGAAGGAGAAGUUGGAGAAUGUCGGCAGAGAUGAUCAUGGAUUGGCGGAGAAGAGGUUUUCCGACGGCGACAGCGGCACAAGUAAUAAACAUGUGGUCUGUUGCAAGAGAAAGAGAGGGCGCCCGAAGAAACAACCGCCGAUGGAGAUGCCACAACAAUUUGUGGCGAUGCCGGAAUAUUUCAUCACUCCACCUACGCGGGGAAGAGGCCGGCCUAGGGGUUCUGGGAAGUGGCAGAGGUUGGCUGCCUCUUUCGUCUCCACUGCAGAAAUUCUUGUACCUGCUUCUCCCAGUGGCAUUUCUCGAUACAAGGGUAAUUUUUCCAUUGUACAUCUAAAUGGAUCGCACACAUAUAAUGGAACUAGACAUGUCAAAAGAUGCGUAUUGAGUGUUCAAUUGGCUAACCCCGAAGGCCUCAUUUAUGGCGGUGUUGUAGCCAAUUUGCUUAUUGCUGCUGGUCCAACUCAACUUGUCAUUGCUACUUUCAGACAAAAUCCGCAGCAAUUGAGUACGUUUUCUUGA